GUGGAGCCUGUCUGCCAACAGCUUCAGCAGCGGCUCUAUCUGGAUCCUACAACACUCACUGACAAUUACAGGAGACCCCUUUUUCUUCUUAUUUCCGAGGAUUAUUCUUCACCAUGGGCGACAAAAAGAGCCCUACCAGGCCAAAAAGACAAGCCAAACCGAGCGCUGACGACGGCUACUGGGACUGUAGCGUCUGCACCUUCAGGAACACCGCCGAGGCUUUCAAAUGCAGCAUCUGCGAUGUGAGGAAGGGCACAUCCACAAGGAAACCUAGGAUCAACUCCCAGCUGGUGGCCCAGCAGGUGGCUCAGCAGUACCCAAUGCCUCCCCCGCCCAAGAAGGAGCGGAGGGAGAGGAGCGAGCGCUCAGACAAGGAGCGCCCAGACGCAGACGGAGACCGCGCUGAAGGGGAGGGACGUCAUGAAGGCGAGCGCCCAGAGAGAGUGAGGCCAGACGGAGAGACCCCUGAGAAGGACAAGAGCGACAAGGACCAGCCGAUCAAAGACAAACCCGACAGAGAGAAGGACAUCAGCCCGGCCAUCACCAAGAAGCCCAGCAGCAAAAAGACCAGACCCAAAUCGGACAACCAUCAGAGCCCACCCAGCGACAAACACAGCAUACAGUCUGGAAAAUCAGCAACCAAGACCAACAAGACCUCUCACAUCUCCAGGCCCAAACUGAAGAACAUUGACCGGAGCACCGCCCAGCAGCUGGCUAUCACCGUAGGGAAUGUGACGGUGAUCAUAACAGACUUUAAGGAGAAGACCCGCUCCUCCUCCACGUCCUCAUCCACCAUCACGUCCAGCGCAGGCUCCGAACAGCAGCACCAGAGCUCCGGCUCCGAGAGCAUGGACAAGGGCUCGUCGCGCGCCUCCACCCCUAAAGGGGAUCUCUCUGUGGGGCACGAUGAGUCGUUCUGAGGCUCCCCUUCCGCCCCCACCCUCCUCCACUCCCCUUUCCCCACAUUUCUGGACACUAUGGAUCCCAUAGGGGGAGAGAUUUCACCUUUCCUAUUGCUGCCCUGCCUCCAUUCCAUAACCACCCCUGGAUGCUGAGAGGAGCUGGCUGGCUGAGAGGAACAGCACCGUGCGCCUGCCGGGGAAAUGAAUGCCCUGCUCGGGGAACUUCCUCGUGGUUACACCCAUGGUACAGGCGAGGAGAGCGGGGUUACAAGGAAUAAAGCGCCCCCCGCCCCCCCCUGCGGUAGCAUCCAGACACUUGUAUGUAUUGUUUUAUAUUUGUACGUGGAUGUGAGGCCAAGUCGACAUUUUUUGUUUUUGUAAAGAAGAAUUCUCCGCUGUGCACAAUAACCAUCAUCGUUUUAAUAACUUUAAACCAUUAUUACCCUUAUUUAUUACCUGUUGCACCUGUAUACUUUGAUAUCCUCCUUCUUUUUUUAUUUUAUUUUAUUUUUUAAUUUUGUUUUAUUUUUUUUUUUUUGGUUGAAGCUUUGCUGUGUAGCUCUGCCGAUCGAUCGUUCCUUCAGUGUUUUUACAGUUUGAAAUGUUAGGACAAGACUCUGGAGUCACACAGACAUGCACACAUAUACAUGCACACAUACAAACACACGCACACACACGCAUACACACACCCACACACACACUGGUGCUAGAUACACUGUGAAGCGUUUUUUUCAGAUCUGGGAUUGCCCAUUCACUCAAUGUGACAAAGUGCUGAUGACUCAUUCACUUUUCUCUACAACACUGUCUCACUCUGAACACUGUUGGGACCUCUGUCAGGUCCAUCUAAUUGAUAUGUACAGGUCAACAUGCAUCAAAAGGUCACCUGAAGUUCAGACACCUAACCUUUUCAACUAGAUUGUCUAUGAUUUAGUAUGCUAUAGCAGAUCUCUUAUACAGUAUCUCAUGUCCUUAACUGUAUAGUGUAGGCUGUUGUGUAAAACACUAAAAGCUGUUGAUAUUUUCUGCAUUCCGUACUUCAAUUACUAGGUUUGCUGGCUGAAGGUAGAAUUGUCCCUUCAGCUCUCAAGCCAGGGUUUUUUCUGUUGUGACUGAAGGAUAGUUUUGUGCAGUUCCACUUGGUAAAACCAUAUUGAACUGUAAAAUAGACCUACUCCAUACCUGUCGCUCUCAAGCUAUUGUGAAUGGAUUUUUUUUUUCUUUUAUUGUGGUCCUGAAGACAUCUUUGAAUUUUCAUGCUCUCAAACUGGUUUCCCAGACACUUAAGUGCAAAGACCUGAACGAUUUUAUGAAGAUUGACAAUUCGAUUGACUUAUUUUGAUUGAUUAAUUUAAGACUCCAAUAUGUCAUUGAAGGCAAAAAAAUGCAGUAGCUGAUAGAAUAUAAUUGCUCUUUGAAUUUUCAAAACAGCAAGGCUUAUUUAAGGGUUUUAAUUCACUUUCACCUUAGCUGAUACUAGACCAACAUAAUUUCCUUUUAACUGUAUGAAAUUGUAUAAAGAAGAAAUGUGUAUAUGAUAUCUUAGUUUUAUUUAUUGAAGGACCAAAGGAAUUUCAUGACAUGAAACAUAGACAGAUGAAUAACAAUUUGAAAUGCAAUUAUCAAAUGUGUGAGAUGAAAUAACAGUUUAAAUAAAGACUAAUAUAAUCCAUUUAAAUGGUGUUCUUAUUGUCCACUCGUCUCUGUGCACGGCGAAAUCAGGGCAGAGGAUGGCGUUCUUUGAGCUGAGCUGAAGACGGCUACCAGCUUUACACUCGGUGGUGAAUCGUGCCUCGUUUGUGCAGGCAGCGAGGAGCAGACUGGAUGUGGGUUGGUAGCUGAGAAGAGCUCUGGGUCUGCUGGGUCUCGCCAGCUUUUAGAGGACGGCCUCUGCCUUAAUGAGCCUCCCCUUCGCUCAGUUGGACCGCCACAGUGCAUGUAGCUCCCCUAACAGAGGCCCUAAGCUCACCAGUUCAGCUGCUCCCACAGAAACUAAAACAAGGUUAUGUUAGGUGAACAUGUCCCAAAAAAAACCAAACAAAAAAAUAAAUAAAUAAACACUUGAUGUCAAGCCAGUCCCAAAGGGGUCAGAAUUUGAUUGAUGAUUAAAAACAUUGCUGUAUCACAUGUAGGAAGAAAAAUCACGUGUGUUGUAAGCAAAUGUUUGACAUCAAGGAGGUAUGUGUUCAUAACUUUUUUCUGCUAUUUAGCUAUGGUUAUUAUGUAAUUAUGUACUUUACUGCAUACAAAUAUGGAAUCAGUGUUCAAAGUGAGGAAAAGCAAUGUGAAUAGAAACAAGUGGGACCGCUGGGUCAGAACAUGAGGGCGAAAAUGUUUUGUCCAAUUUUUACUGAGAAUAUUACCCUGCUUUGUAAUGCAAUCUAUUAGAAAUGGGCCUAAAAAGCCAUCUUCUCACCUGCCUUAUCCGCAACCACUUUCACUUUGACUGAGUACUCCAACAGAAAGGAUUCAUUAUGUUAAAUUAUUGACAAAUGGCCAUUUGCUGAGUAUAUGAAUUAUUGCUUGUAUAUAGAAUUUGAAAUGGUGCAAAAGCCAACACUAUGAAAAUGGCAUUGGAGCUGAAGUCUUUUGUUUGUUUCCUGUUUCCUUUCCGCGCAAGCAGUUCUGUUCUUGUGUGCGACCAGUAACCUUAAUUUACUGUGUAAAGAUGGUUACAUUUUUUAGCUUUGUUUGUCAGAGACCCAAAUAUAGAAUGCUUGUUUACUGACUGUAUAACCUUAACCGUGAAUUUCCAAUUAAGUGUAUUAUACAAACUCAUUUCCUCCUAUAACAAUGUCUUGUACAAUGCUUUUAAAGUUAUUGCUCGGUAAAAAAAGAAAAUAAUAAAAAAAAAAAUGUAGGGACAGUAUAAUAAUCCAUUCUUUGUUUAAUCCAUUUUUAGUUUGUUUCUUUUUUCUAACUUAUAGCUGAUGUGUCAUUGUUUCCCCUUGUGAAAUGGUCACAUUAUGUUCCUGGUGUGGAAAUGUAUGCAGCAUUUUCAGCGCAUCACGGCUCCUUGUCUAGCUUAUAAUGUUGAAAUAAUACAUGUUUCUGGCAUGUGCACGACUUUGCGCUUAUAGGCUAACCUGAUCAUUUUUCCUCCGCUUCAAAUAGAAAUGUCUAUUUAUGAAUUUUGCUUGUAGUUUUUCACAAAUAAAAUUGUUAAAGUUA